AGGAUCAUCUGCAUGAAUGGCCAAGGGGCCUGACUUCACCUAUUGCCUCAAUAGCCUGUGGGCUGAAGGAUUAUGGGUAAUCUCAUCAGCAGGCCCAGUUGUCUGGGCCAGAAAUCCAAGCAUGUUAGGACUGAUGAAGGCUUCCUGAAGGAGUGCUACCAACGACGAAAGGAGUGGCCGCCCCCCGAACAAGAUGGGGUGGUCAAAAGGGACGAGGGCUCCAGGAAUAAACUCGGAGAGAAUGGAAACAAGGAAAAAGUGGUGGAAAAAGAAAGCGAGGUUGAUAAAUUUGACCAAAGGAGGGAGGAGGGUGCUCAAACGCCUAUCUCAGACAAACCCCUCCAGAGUUCCCCUGCCUCCACAAUCAGAAGUAGCAGUACACUGGAAAAUGCCUGGCAUAGCAGCCCGUCUUCGAUCAAAACAUCCCGAAAUGGGACACUAACGAGGAGGACGUUGCCUCCGGACUUCGCUCGAUCUCCCCUUGCUCACAACGACUUGACGGCUGCAGAACGGAGGGCCAGCUUCCAGAGGAGAGACUCCAGAGAAGGAAGCCCCUGGUCAUGGAAGACUCUCGCAUCACGGGAGGUGACCGAAGUCACCGAGGUGACAGAGACGACCGUGACUGAGAUCGUGGAGGUGACGGAGUAUCCGACAGGAGAUAAAGGAGGCAACCCCAUAGUCACCAGAACCGUUAGAGUCCUAAACGGUGUGGCAGAGGAGCUUGCUGAGCUCCAGAGCGAUGGACAGUCAAGUUCAGACCAAGAUUUUAGUGUGGACAGGUGGCGGAAUCUGGAUGCUUUGGUUACCUGGGUCGCUGAGAUAGGGGAGCUCACAGCCAAUCAGAAACCUCCAUCCUCAGAGGUCAAAGUGGUGAAGGCGCAACUUCAAGAACAGAAGCUCCUGCUGCGCCUCCUGACAGACCGAAGGCGUAGCGUGGACUCCGUGAUGGUUGAGGGUCCUCGGCUGGCAGAGGCCCACCCGGGAGAAGAGGGGGAGCGGGCAAAGGUCAAGCUCGCCACUCUUCAACAGAAGUGGGAGGCCCUGCAGCUGGAGGCAGAGAAAAGGAGAGAAUGUCUGGAGUUCAUCCUGCCCAAAGCCCAGCAGUUCCAGGAAGAAGUGGACAGCUUGCAGCAGUGGUUCAUUUCUGUAGAACAGACGCUGGCUGAGCUGAGAAACGCUGAGAGAGUGAUGCUGCAUCUGUCGGAUGCCACAGAGAAGGCCAAGGCUGUUUUUGAAGAGAUUCAAGUCCAAAUGGCUGAACUUGGAAAAGUAAAGAUGUCAGGUCAAAUUUUAAAGGAAGCAGUUUCAGUGGAGGAAGCCCAGCAGGUGCAGGAGAAGAUGGAUGUAUUGCGUAUCCGUUGCUCUGUGCUAAACCUGAGCAGCAUGGAUGUGCUGCAGAGGCUGGAGCAGGCCCUGGAAGCCUCCAGCCGCUGCACUUCAAGCCAGGAGGACCUCCACCUGUGGCUGGGCCGCAUCGAGAGGGAGCUGUUGGCGGCAGCAGGAGCACAGACGCACGUAGGAGAUGCAGUACUGUGUGCGGCUGAGAAACAGAGGUUGGAACAGGCUGUGGUGAAGGAGAUGGCGUGGUUCAAAGACACCGCACACAAUCUCGAAAAGCUGAAAACAAUUAACCUGGACCCAAAGAUCAUAGCAGAACAACUGAACGAACAGAAGAUUUUAGCAGUAGAAAUCCUUCAGCACAAAUUCAACAUUGAGAAGAUGGUCAAGAUCGCUGAAAUCUUGAUGACUUACAGUGACGAAGGAGCAGCUGGAGAUCUUCAGACGCCUCUGGAAGCCUUACAGGAACACUGCAACACCACCUCAGCCACCAACGCCCACGUGGUCCUGCAGCUGGAGCAUGCCCAGUCGCUUCUGGCCCAGUUCUCCGAGGGCUUGGCCGAGGUGUCGCCAUGGCUGGAUGAAACUCGGGAGCUUAUUGGCCAGCUCUCCCUGAGCACAAUUAACUAUGAAGCAUUCCGGGAAAAACAGGACCUCUUACAGGGUCUCAGAGAGUCGAUAGCUGAACACCGACCUCUGAUUGUGCGCCUGUGCGUCCUAGCCAAGCGCUUGUCAGAGCUGAACCCCGUUCAGGGUGAGCGGUUCUCUCUGAAGGCGACAGCGGCCGAGGAGCAACACAAUGCCAUCAGAGAACGCGUCCGAGAAACGGCCAGCCUCCUCGAGGAGUCCUUACCCCGAUUCACACAACUGAAUGAGAGGAUGACCCUUAUCAGAGAGAGUCUCGACCGUCUGCGCAGUCGCAUCCAGACACCCAACUCUCUGCAAGGUCUCACCCCAAGGAUCCAGGAACAGCUCCAAGAUAACAAGCAAACCCUUACUGAGCUGUCCAAGCUGGAGCUGGGUCUCAACAGUGUCAAAGGCCAGGCAGACGAACUGCUGGCCAACACUCAGGCGGCAGGGGACAAUUCAAUUGGCACAACAAUUCAGGAUCAAGUAUCCAGCCUGUCCCAGAUGUGGGAUGAGACUUACAAGCAGGCUCAGGAGAGGGAGAGCUGGUUGCUGAAGCUUCUGGAUCUCGCCUUGAAGUACUGGAGCGACGUCAGCGAUAUGACGAGUGCCCUUAACGAUACGCAGCAGGCCAUUUUGGAUCUCAACGCCUCUCUGACAGACUCUGAAAGAAUCAGGCAAAGCCUCGGAAGCGUGCAGAUGCUUAGGGAGGAUAUAGACAGCUUGCAAGGAGACCUGGACACUCUUGGUGUUCUUGGAAUGGACCUGAUGGUAGCGUGUGGCGAUACAGAGAAACCACACAUCACAAAGAGCAUGGAUGAACUUUAUUGCACAUGGAACAAUUUAAGCAAACUUUGGAGUGACUCUCACAAGAAGUUAGAGGACUCCUUGCAGAUGGCGCUUCAUUAUCAGGAUACAAUGCAGGGCCUGUUUGAGUGGUUAAAGUCAGCGGAGUUAAGAUGUACAGAGGCGUUUGCAGUGGGAACUGACCUGGAAGCUGUCAAAGAGCAGCUAUGCGAUCUGAAGGAAUUUAAGCGAGAGCUGUACCAGAAGAAGAUUGAGAUGGAGAGCCUGAACCACCGCUUUGUGUGCCGGUUGUCUCCGGGCUCGGAGCGUCCAGGCUCAUUCUCUCCGCUGUGCGACUUCAGACAGAGAUGGGACAGUCUAGAGUCUGAGACAGUGAACAGACAGCAUCAGUUGGAGUGUGCUCUGCUGGGUCUGGGCCAGUUUCAAAACACGCUGGACGAGCUGCAAACGUGGCUUUCCAGAACCGCCGAGCAACUGCAUGGCAACCAGCCAGUCAGCAUGGACCUGCAGACCUGUGAAAUAGAGCUGGCAAAGCAUAAGGUGUUGCGUAAUGAUGUCAUGUCUCACGUUCGCACCAUUGAGUCUCUCAACCAGGCUGGCAGGAAGCUGCUGGAGGCCGGGUCUGGGGACAACACGCACGGGCUGCAGUCUCAGUUGGAGGAAGUGAAUGAAAGUUGGGAGUUUGUCCGCUGUGAGACUGAGCGCAGGCAGCUGGAACUGGAAAACAGACUGAGUCAGGUGCAAGAUGUUACCAUGGAGAUCCAGGAUCUCAUUCAGUGGCUGGAAAACACAGACCUGAGGCUGUCCUCUUCUAAAACCACCUGGGGCAUGCCAGACUCUGCAAGUGAAAGGCUUAAUGCGCAUUUGGAGUUGUGUAAUGAGAUGGAGUCUAAAGUUCAAGCCUACACAAAUGUGAGGAAUGCCAUUCACGGGAUGCUGGAGCGAGGGGACCUUGUGCGGGGGUCCAGCACCGAGCACAGCUUAUCUAUACUCGAACAAAAGUGGACAUCUGUUUACAACAAAGUCCAGGAGCGGAAAGCUAAGCUUACGGAGGGACUGAGUCUGGCCAAAGAGUUUCACAGCAGCGUCCAAGAACUGCUAAAAAAGAUGAGCGAGUGUGAAGAGUCUCUUAAGGAUCUCCCUGCUCCAAGUUUCAUUCUGGACACAAUUUCCACACAGCUUCAAGAGCAUAAGAUCCUGCUGGAUGAGGUCAACGGCUACAGCGAGAAGAAGACGUCGGUGGAGAACACGGGAUGCAGGUUGACGGAGCUGAGCAGGAAGGAAGACUGCGACGUCAUCCAUAAUUUGAUACUGACGGUUCAGGAUCGGCACAAGAAGCUCCUGCAGCGAACGUCAGAGAGAGGCAGGACGCUGGAGGACGUUAAGAAACACAUCAAGCAGUUUACUGAAUCGUGGCGCCUCCUUGUGGACUGGAUGGCCGAGGUCGAACAAACGUUGGACACGCAUAAGGAGAUCGGAGCGUCCCAUGAGGAGAUAAAGCAGCAACUCGUAGAGCAGAAGGAGUUUCAGAAACUGCUGAGAUCAAAAAGGCCCAUCUACGACGCCACGUUGAAGAGCGGCCGCGGCCUGCACGAAAAAGCACAAAGUGGCCACGACAGGCAGCAUCUGGAAAACCUGCUGGCUGAACUCAGGGACACAUGGGACACCAUUGGCGGCAAGUCUAUCGAGAGACAACAUAAACUGGAGGAAGCCCUGCUGUUCUCGGGAAGAUUCACUGAUGCUCUGCACGCGCUCAGUGACUGGUUGUACAGAGCAGAGCCCCAACUGGCUGAGGAUGUCCCUGUUGGUGGAGACAAAGACAUAGUCACCAAUCUCAUAGACAAACAUAAGGCCUUCCAGAAGGAGUUGGGAAAGCGAGCCGGCUGCAUACGGACCCUGAAGCGCUCUGUGAGGGACCUGACCCGGAGCAGCACCGCUGACGCUCACUGGCUGCAGGAGCAGAUGGAGGAGCUGGAGGGCCGCUGGGACGCCGUGUGCAGACUGUCAGUGAGCAAACAGGACAGGCUGGAGGCGGCCCUGCAGCAGGCUGAGAAGUUUGAUGGUCUCGUUCACUCUUUCAUGGAGAGGCUCACAGAAGCAGAGAGGAUCCUGAAAUACGGCGUCAUACCAGAGGAGGAGAGUAGUUUGCUUGCCUUCCAGAAGCAACACGAGGAGUCAUUACGUAUCUUGCACGCUCAAGCGGUGGAACUGGAGAAUAUCCAGAAUCUGGGUGAGGAGAUCCUGGCCUCUUGUCACCCAGACUCCAUAAUAACCCUCAAAUCUUGGAUCAGUGUCACUAAGACUCGCUAUGAGGAGGUUCAGACAUGGGCCCAGCAGCAAGGUCAGAAGAUCCAGGCCAGCUUGGCAGCACUGGAAGAAGAGAAAGAAGAAGUCCAGAGACUUUUGGAUUGGAUCUCAUCAGCGGAGGAGUCUCUCAUCCUCAGAGAGGAAGAGCCUCUGUCUGAGACAACAGAGCAGAACCAAGAACUUAUUGAGCAGCACAUGGUGUUCAUGGGGGAAAUGAAGAAAAAGCUCCCAGAGAUCGAACAUGCCACGAAGUCUUGCAAACACAAAAGCCUUCCUAAGCAUCGAGGUUCCCCCAUCAAGCGGCCGUUUGCGAAGAGGAGAAGCACUAUGAAGCUGCCGCCUGCCAUACCGGUCCCCUUAGAGCACCUCGACCCUCAGACUCCCCAGCUCAUUCAGCUGGUCCGGCAGUGGCAGAAACUUUGGCAAGUGGCCGUGGCGAGACAGAACCGCUUGGAACAACACCAGCAGAUGCUCAGAGAGAUGGAGGAAUUUGCCAACUUUGACUUCAACGUCUGGCGAAAGCGUUACAUUCAGUGGAUCAGUCAUCUGAAGUCCCGGAUCCUAGACGUGUUCCGAAGCAUCGACCGGGACCAGGACGGGCGGAUCAGCCAGAAGGAGUUCACUGAUUAUGUCCUUGCCUCCAAAUUUCCGACCAACUCUCUAGAGAUGAACGCAGUGGCAAACAUUUUCGACUUGAACAACGACGGUUUCAUCGACUACUAUGAGUUUGUGAGCGCGCUCCAUCCUAGCAGAGACCCCUACAGGAAAACACUGGAUGCAGAUCAAAUUAAUGAAGAGGUGAGUCGCCAGGUAUCACAGUGCAACUGCCCCAAGAAAUUCCAGGUGGAACAAAUAAGUGCCAACAGAUACAGGUUUGGAGACUCUCAGCAGCUGCGGAUGGUCCGGAUCCUGCGGAGCACGUUGAUGGUUCGGGUCGGAGGAGGCUGGACGGCGCUCGAUGAGUUCCUGGUUAAGAAUGACCCGUGCAGAGUCAAAGGUCGGACCAACCUGAAGAUCAAAGAGAAGUAUUUGUCACCGACAGGAAGCACCGCAAAGGGUCUGACUGUGAGCCGGUCCAACUCCAGCCUCAGCCUCUACAGCAGCGCCUCGGCGCCCACCAGCCCCAUGACACGCAAGGCAUUACUCCGCCGGAGUUUCUCAGGUGACCGGUGUAUCCGUCCUCGGAGCUCCAUAGCAGCUCUGGGGUCAGAGCUGCAGUUUGUCGCAGCGGGGGAAGACAACUCCCCCUCACCCUCAGAUGAAGCCGAGAGAUUACCCACAUGACAACCUUCUCGUUCCCGCCGCAGCACUCCACCAAAGCAGAGCUAUCGGAGCAUCGAGUCGCCAUCUUGAGCAAAAGAACAAAGCGACAAAACAAAAUGCCAUCUUGAAAAGGCGAUCCUGAAAAGUGAUGAUGGACUGCACAGUCGACCGCGACUGUACGGGAUCUGCAUGGAGACGAUGCAGAUGACGGAGGGGGGAGUACGUCCAGGGACAAGCGAAAACUUUUUAUCCACUUUGCCAUUUUAUACAUUAACCUGAUUACGUAGACAGUAGAAAGUUCUGCAUGAGCAAUAACUGCAUGGUAGCCAGAGCCGUCCUCAUUUCAGAGCUGAUUUUGCUCAGCUUCACUCUUUCAUGCUUGUGAAUGUAAGCUUCGGCACGCUGUACCUGAUCAUCGCAGCGAUUUGCCAAAUCGACAAAAAGAGUGAAACUACAGAGGUCAACGUGGGAAGCCUGUUUUGCUGUCUGAUCCUCUCGAGUGUCCAAAAAACUAAUUAUGAAACGUAAACAUACCAAAACCACUGCGUAACUGCACUGCUGUGAAAAAUGAAUUGGCCCUGACACACGUCUGAUGUUUAUUGUCAUGUUAGAAUAUUUCAGAGCAUUAAACUCAUCGCAGAUCCUCGGAUUUACUAAAUCAGACCAAAUACAGUUAAAAUGAGUGUUUCAUUUAUUUGGAAAAGAAACUACUGGGGAAAAAGCUACUGAAACCAACUUGGUCCUUUAUGAAAAAAAUAAUUAUACACUAAUUACUAUCCGUGCCACCCUGUAAAACAACAACAGCCGCCUCAAGUAUGCAAGAACCAGUGAUGAGUCUUUUUGAUAUUAAUGUGAACGGAUUUUUGCCCGCUCUUUCGGACGAUGGCUGUCACUGUGAUUCCAACGUACGGAGGUUUUCAGCUGCCAGAACUCUGAAAAAUACGCAGGAGCGGAAUCUCGUGAAAACAUCCUCAUUAAGGCAUAAAAUAAACUUGUUAAGGUCUAUUUAGUCUCGCAAAGUUUAUUUUGCGAGACGCUUUCUUGUUUCUCACAACAGAAAAGCUUCUUGUUGCGGGAAGAUGUAAAAUUGUGUUCAGUUGUCAUGUUACAAUUACGUCCCCUCUACGUCUCGGGUCUUCUAAAUGUGUUUUCUUUCUGAAAUAUUCUGCAAUGUGUCGUGAAGGAGAAUGAAAUGUGCUUAACUCUUAAUUAUACAGGUAAACAAACAACGCUCGGAGACGUAAUUAAAUGUCUGCCGGCCACGACGGGUUCAGGAGAUUUAUUACACUCCAUGGAUUUGUCUUACAGACAAAACCAAAAAUCCCCCGAAAUCUCACUGUAUUCUAAAAUCAACCUUUUUUAUACAAUCUCACCAUCACUGAUGUCUGUUGGAAAGUUUUGACCAAUUAGAUUGCUGCCCUUGAUUUUAGGUAAGGAUCCUGGCAGCGCUUAGACUGAGUGCGUGUUGGACUUUCUGCUGCACUUCAGAACAAAUUGUUGUUCUUAUCUGUCCAAUCAGCAUACUUUGUGCUUCGUACGCAAGGAUAGGGAGGGUUUGAAGUCAGUUUGACCCAGCCAGGUGGCAAAAAAAACAACUCCUAAAAUCGUUUUUCCUCUCUUACAGUGGCUGUUUCACCAUUACGACCUUUCUUGUUUAAAUGAAAACCUAUUUUGGUUUGAUUGCAGUGUAACUGUAGAUAAAGUCGAAAUCUCACUAGAACAAAGAUAUAGCAGGCAUCAUAAUGAGAAACUUUGUCAUUUUAAAAAUGAUAAACCACAAAGUUUAUCAUUUUGAUGGGAAAUAAAACUCAAUUUAACGGAUCUUUACAAUUUUAUAUCUCGUUGCAACAAGAACUUUUCUCGCUAUGUUGACGUUUAUAUUUUAUAGUGCGAAAGUUUCACGUUUUCGCAAUAUGCUGCCGCUGUACUUAUUUCCAGCUAAAUGUUUCCCUACCAACCUUUAGAAAUGCCUGCGUGAUUGGUUUUAUUUAAGUGAGCUACUGAUUCUGACAGCAAUCACUAGUGGAAAAUGAUUCAAUAAAAUGGGGUUAAUUGCUUUUUCACAUACGGCCAGUUACAUUUGGGUAGCUUUUUACUCUUCGUACAUGAAAUUGUCCUUUGGAAGCAGAACUUUGUGUUUUUCAAUCUUUGUGUGUCUUAGAUCUGACUUUGCUUGAUGUGAAACGUUUUAAGAGUGACAUAAAAGUUAAAAAAAAGAAGAAAAAAAAAAGGAUCAGUACGGGAAAAGCACUUAUUCACAGCACUCGACGUGACAGUCCUUAAGUUUUGUAAUAAUUUUCAUAAAAUAAGGAAGAUGUUUGUUGGCAGGGCCGUGUUGUAAUUUUGUCUUCUACCUUUUUUACGUGUCUUCCAAUGGUUUUACAUUUUGUGCUUUAUACACUGGAAAUAGCGUGAUGAGCGGUGCACUGAAAUAGAUCUGUAGAGAUUACUUUCUCAGGAAUGUUUCUGCCUGUGGAUGGAAGUGUUUCUUUUUAACAUUACUGUGAACAUUUAAAGCUACUGCUUUCUGAAUAACCCUGAAUGCUUUUCUAGAAGAGUUUCUGUUUUAGCACAUUGUUUGUACGAUUAUGCACUUUUCUGUGUCUGUCUGCUGUGUAUAUAUAGAUAUAUAUAUAUGUAUGUAUAUAUGUUGGGUUUUUUUUCUUUUCCGAAUCAAAUUUGGCAUUUGGUACUAAGAUGAAGAAAUGAAGAUGUUUUACAGCUGUGUUUGAUGAGAAGUGGACAGAAACAGGCUGUAGACCAUUUCCUUUAGUAAAAGUACAGGCUUUUUUUUUUUUAAGCAAAAAUAAUAGUUAAAAUAUUUCAUUUGACUUGUCUAACCUAACGUCCAUUUAGAAAUGCUCAGCCCAGCUCUGUGUUGUUAAUCGUGUUCAGGAAACGUGUAACAAGCUCUCUACAAGAUCACUAAUAAUCCCGGAGGAAGACUGGUGUGUGUCAUUUGGGUAGAAAUUGUGAGUUACGUGACGUGUUGUGCCUGUUUUAUACUCUGACCUUCCAUUGGAGGGCAAUUACUACUUCAUAACGUUAUCAACAACGGAUGUGCUUUAUUUGUAAGGAUUGCUUUCUACUUAAUCUACCUGAGAUUUGCAACAGUUGCUCCUUUUACUUCUAGUCUAUGCAGUUGUCCAGAAAAAGAAAAGAAAGAAAAUCUUUUUAAGGUUUAAGCGUUUUUACAUGAUGAUCGGGUCUGGACUUCAGAAUACUCUGUUAGGUACAAAAACAAAAAGCCAGCUUCCUGUCCUGUUGCUAUGCAGCCAAAUCUUCCUGUACUGUAACGGUUUCCACAUCCAGCACCCAGUCGGGCUACACAUCUAGGGACUAUUAUGUCGAUGAUACUCACUAAUCAUUUUACAUCCACUUGUACAGAAACAUGUUUUUGUAAUAAAAUCAAGAGUUUUUGUGACAGCUUUUAA